UAGUUCCCCUCGUGAGAUUCAAAAUCAUGAAAAUUAGUUAAAUUUAAUUUUUAAGCCCACCCGUUAUAUAUGUAUAUAUAUAUUGAUGUCGGUCGCGUAGUAGAACAGCGGCGAUCCCAUACUAAUGCGUACGUUGUCACGGACACACACGGAUGGCCGGAAUUCAAUGUAUCAAACAGCGCCGAUGUACGAACGACGUACUCGGUAACUGAGUCCACAUUUUUAUCAAAUAAAGAUGAAAGUCGUGAAUUAAUGGCUAUAUGGCCGGAUGUUGUACGAGAUCUCACUGAUACUGGUCGUCGUCUUGAUAUACCAGAUGUUACCAAAUGGAUGGCGAAGGUAUUACAGUAUAAUGUUCCUGAAGGAAGAAAGAACAGAGCAUUAUCAGUUGUGUAUGCCUUUAAAUCGUUUGCUUCUGUUGAUCAAUUGACAGAAGAAAAUAUUCGUCUAUCCCGAAUUCUAGGCUGGUGUAUAGAAUUGUUGCAAGCAUUUUUAUUGGUGAUUGAUGAUAUUCAAGAUCAAUCAACAAUGAGGCGCAAUGCACCAUGCUGGUACUUAUACAAUGAUAUUGGAUUAGCAGCUAUAAAUGAUGGUAUGAUGUUGGAAAUGUGCGUAUAUCAAUUACUUAGAAAACACUUCAGGUCAAAAGAUUGUUAUGUGAGCCUUAUGGAACUAUUUUUAGAUACUAGUUUAAAAACGUCAAUGGGUCAAUGUCUUGAUUUAUUAUCAACAAAUUUUGGAAAAAAAUCAAAUUUGGAUCUCUUUACAAUGGAUCGGUAUAAUUCUAUCGUAAAAUAUAAAACAGCUUAUUACACGUUUGUGUUACCAACUACAAUGGCAAUGUGUUUUGCUGGCAUAAAAGAUCCAGAAAUGUGUAGGAAAGCAAAAACAAUUUUGUUAGAAAUGGGUCACUUUUUCCAAGUGCAAGAUGAUUAUAUGAAUUGUUAUGGAAGCACGGAAGCUACUGGGAAAACUGGUUCAGAUAUAGAGGAGGGAAAAUGUUCAUGGCUUGUUGUGGUAGCGCUACAACGUGUUACACCAGAACAAAGAAAAAUUUUAAAGGACUGUUAUGGUCAGUCUGAUAUAGAAAAAUCGAAUCGCGUGAAACAGCUUUACGAUGAAUUAGAUUUAUCAAAUACUUAUGCUAUCUACGAAGAAGAAACGUACAAUCUACUAAUGACACACAUACAACAAAUAUCAUGUGGACUUCCACAUGAUUAUUUCCUAAAUUUACUUGAAAGAGCAUGCCCCAGGGUGGCUAGAAAAGAUUAAUUAUAUUCUUGAAAACAAAAGACCAAACCACUACUACAGUUUAAGAGAAAACAUAUGUAUAACGUGCUUCCUUCUAUCUGUAAGUUUAUUCUAAGAAUUAAGCGUUUAUUAUUUCAUUUAAGAGAACAUACGAACAAGUAAUAGCCAUAUUAUAUUUUUAAUAAUUAAAAGCAAUUCUACAAUAAUGUUGAACUUAUAAAGGAAAAGACAACAAUCUGUUGUAACGGUUAUUAAACAAUGAAUACCUAUAGUACUAAAUAGUGAAGUGAUAAAAAAAAUGUUCAUUGAGUAUUAAACAAAUUUGUAUGGUAUGUACAUAUAUAUUUUCUUACAGAAGUUUUAUUUCUUUUUUGUAAAGGGAUCUUUAUAAACUCAAUGUUCUUGUGUACAUUUUUAAUAAAUCGUUCAAUGAACUUUUUUUGAUAAUCUGUUUAUACUUUUUUUGAAUGGCACUUUUUACACUUUUGUAUGGCACAAAAGUGGUGACAAGUGCAAUUUCCUUUUUUCUAAGUUUACUAAAAGACGAAGAUUUAAUACUACCGUCAGAAGAAAUCACAGAAGAUAUCAAAGGAGAAUCCAAAGCAAUAGGACAGCAAUAUCGUUUAAUUAAUAAAUACUUAUCUAAUAUUUAUCUUGUGUUAUUUUUGUUAUUACAUAAUGCCUUUAAAUACUUUCGGCUUGGUAACUUAUUUCAUUAUAAAAGAUCUUCAGCACAAUGACAGUUGCUCCAAAAAAUUAAAAGAA